AGGAAAAGUUACAAGAUCGUGGAGCUUCUGAUAACGGUGGAUUUAAAAAAAGCGAAGAUAUCAAAACUAACCCACUAGCGUUCACUCUGAUAUGGUUUGGUUUUGACCUUUUUGACGUUUUCACCUUGGCUCCAGGAAUUUUAAUCUUGGGGUGGCGCGUAGCCGUCCAUCAAAAGGUUUCUCCCCCCACCCUAUGACACUUUUUUUUUUUUUUUUUUUUGAGGGUAACCUAAAAUAAAAUUAAAGUAAUACAAAUCUUCCAGACUGGCUUGAAGGCCAUAACCUUUUUUUAACAGGUCACAACCAAUACCGAUUUUCCUUCAGUUACAAUCCGAUGGAUGGAGAGGUUAUCAUGGUCAUCACAGAAUACUCUAAGUUGCCCAAUUCAGGACAACCACCUCCCCCUGCCCCUCCUCUACCUUCAGGCAUAGGACCACCUCCCCCUGCCCCUCCCCUACCUUCAGGCAUAGGACCACCACCCCCUGCCCCUCCCCUACCUUCAGGCAUAGGACCCCCUCCACCGCCUCCGCCAUUAAACGGUAUGGAGCCCUCUCGUCUGGGUACCGGGUUAUUCAAAGGAAGUUCUCACCGUCGUUCCAAACUGCGCAACUUUAACUGGGACACCAUUCCACACCAACGCGUGGUAGGGAAACUGAAUAUCUGGACAGAGGAGAAGAAAAUGGAUGACUACGAGUUAGAUACUCAGAGAAUGGAGGAGCUCUUCAGUCAGAGCGAAGUGGGAUUACAGAAAGGCAGAAGCAGCAUAAGGAAGAGCUUCAGGGGUAACCCUGUCUCUGGCACUGGAACCGACGAUUCUAUACUCAAUGCUAAGAAAAGCAUGAAUAUCGGUAUCUUCCUGAAACAGUUUAAAAGGCCUGUUCAGGAGAUGGUGGAAGACAUUAAACUAGGUUCCAUGAAUAAAUUUGGAGUAGGAAAACUACAAGAGCUUUGUAAACUCUUGCCAGAGGAUGGAGAAGUGAAGAAGCUGCGAGCGUUCCGUGGAAGUCUUACUCGGCUCACUGAAGCAGAUUUGUUCAUGGUUCUGCUUGUCCAGGUGCCCAGCUACAAGGAACGCUUGCAGUGUAUGGUCCUAAAAGAAGAAUUCACUCCACACAUAGAAAAUCUCAAAUAUGCCAUCUGCACCAUGACAUUUGCAGCUAGAGAGUUGCUAAAUUGUGUUGACUUGCAUACAGUCAUUCGUCUAGUGCUGAAGUUGGGGAAUUACAUGAACGCUGGUGGCUAUGCGGGCAGUGCCGUGGGGUUCCGGAUGACAUCACUACUCAAACUGGUGGACACAAAAGCAAACAAACCAGGGAUGAACCUGAUGCACUACGUUGUGAUGGAAGCAGAGAAGAAAGACGUCUCUCUUCUGAAUUUCUCCAAUCAGUUGCUGCACAUUGGUCCUGCUGCCAGGUUCCUUAAACAAGAAGUGGAGGCAGAUUUCCAGAAGGAAGUGAAAAGGGUUGCAGAUAUGCAGUUGAUUGUUGAGAGACACGAGGAGCUGCAAGAACAGAUGACAUCCUUCAUCCAGGAAGCAGAGAAGCAGCUGACUGAAGUUAACUCUUCACUGCAGGCUCUCAGCUCGGUGAGCCACUCUCUAGCAGAGUACUUCUGUGAAGAUCCUGAACAAUUCAAGCUGGAGGAGUGCUGCUCCAUUUUCCACUCGUUCUGUGAGAAAUUCCUUCGAGCCACCCAGGAAAACAGGGAUCGUUGUGUAGUGGAGGUAAAAAGAAUGCAACAAGAGAGACAAAACAGUGCUUCAAAGCGUAAGUCUAUUGCCACCUGCUCCCACAGGGACAAGGACAUGCAGAAUGUGGCGCUUGAGUCCAUCCUGCAAAAUUUCAUGUGCUCUAGAAGCAGUCGUCAGAAAUCUGGGAAAGGGACUUCCUCUCCCCUUACUGGCAGCCAGCCAGAGUUAGCAGAAAGGCUGCUUGCAGCAAAAGAACUCCCUAUCAGAGAAAGAGAGGUUAAGAAAGACCCUACAAAAAAUGUUGCCGGACACUCCCAAACAGACAAGCAUAAUCAACACAAUUCAGAAAAGGAGAGGGCACUCUCUGGUAUAGGGGAGGAACUGGAGAAUAGCGCUGCUUUUGACAUGCCUGAGAAAGGAAGUAGAGCCCACUCAACCAGCCCUACUGAAGGCGACUCGAAUGACAGAGUCUCUACUAAUGGGGAGGGAGAUGAUAACGCUGAACAUCUGAGGGAAAUUUCCCAAAAAGCUUUAAAAUAUCGAAACAGCCGAAGCAGCUUGAAGUCAAACGAUGGUAUACCUGCUGCCAAAUCCCCACUUUUAAGGGAGAUUCAGGGGGAAAGACAGAGGGCUCUAAGUGAGCAGCCAUUGGACGUUGAAGAGAACUACAUUAAAAGGAUGGUAGUCAGCCCUCCCGUCUCUAGGUUUACAAGCCGCUCCACCCCUCAGAAGCUGACACGGCGGCACACCUUGAACGUUAUUCCUAUUAGCUCAUUGGGUCACUUUGACUUUGAGGAGGAGACACUAGCAGUGAUGGCUGAAACUGGUGCCAGAACCCCUACACCUCCUCUAAAACAAAUUGGGAAACUGCAUUCCGUAGAUAGCUGUAAAUUAUUCAUGAAACUGGACAAGGCGAUCCCCAAGGAGCAGGUAGCUACACAGGUGGAAAAAGAGAUUCCACCAUCCACUCACCAAAUAGAUGAAAGGCAGCCAGUAUCUCCAGCAACAAAGAAAACUGGGAUAUUCAAGUUCCAGAAGGUGCAGGGGAAUCAGAACAAAGAGAGCACCACAUUAUCAUCAUCUCCAAGCUUCAGAGUCAGCAAUUUCUUACAGAAAAAAUUCAGUCAGAAGAACCCAGAGCGCUUGAAGCACUCUGAAGUAGCACAAGAUUGCCAGGAGAGCUCACCCAUCCUCAACUUUUUCAAACGCCUCAAUGAAAGGACAAGCAAGGCCAGCAACAAGGAACCAGCGUAUGAGAGUACAGAUUUGUGAUUGUCUUAGUAAUACUCUCUUCCUUCUUGACACACUGAUUUUGUAUAUUUUCAGAAUGACAUCCAAAGAAAACUAAACAUCAGUAGUGUUUAGUCUGACCAAGGACAUUUAGCGUUUAGUCCAAAUUAAUUAAAAUACAGCAUUAAAAUGUUCUGAAUUUCAUUAUUCACUGAAGUUUUCAAAGUUAGAUGUAUCUAUUGAGUAUCCUGAAACAAAUUUAUUUUAGAUUUUCAAGCAAUUUGGUGACUAAAUUUCUUGUUGUAGGGAAGCUUUUAACGAAGGGUAAUAUGCAGUCUCCCUCAUUAACUUCACUAAUAAUUAAAAACACAGCAACAACAAAACCAUGCUGCUAUAGCGACAUUCAAUUCUGGUGACACUUAUAGUCCCAGCAACAGGCCACAAGUUGGUUGCUAGACUCAGGAGUCUAUUUUUAAUAAUUUAAACCAUGAUCCAGAGGCUUUUAGCUUGUUGUCUUCCUCUUUUAUUAUCAUCUGUACAUGUAAUAACCAGAGUUGAUUAGUACCAAUAAGGACUUGUGGUAGUGUUUAUGGGUAGUGUGUGUGUGUGUGAUGUUGUAUUUUAUUUAACUACUUGUUGGGAUGCAGUACUGAAUUGGUUAAAUUAUUGUUUUUAUAUGUAUAUUCAAUUAUUAUGGAGUGUCUGUGAAGCUUCAAAUAAUUUCAAAAC